AAUUAUUGAUGACAUCUCUUGACAUUUGACAGCAUGGCGGCCACGGUUUCAGAUUCCGAAAUCACGAAAAGUGAUAAAUAUUCAAUUUUGUUGCCUACUUACAAUGAAAGAGAAAACUUACCCAUCAUAAUAUGGCUUAUAGUCAAGUUUUUAGAUAGCAGUGGAUACGACUAUGAAGUGAUCAUUAUAGACGAUGGAAGUCCUGAUGGUACACUGGACAUUGCCAAACAGCUGCAAAAGAUAUACGGAUCCGGUAAAAUAGUGCUACGUCCUCGGGAUAAAAAGUUGGGUUUAGGCACUGCAUACAUACACGGUAUCAAACAUGCGACCGGCAACUUCAUUAUUAUUAUGGAUGCUGAUUUGAGUCACCACCCAAAAUUCAUUCCAAAGUUCAUAGAACUGCAGCGAGAGCAUGAUUAUGAUGUUGUCUCUGGUACCCGGUAUAAGGACGGUGGUGGCGUACACGGCUGGGAUUUCAAACGGAAGCUGAUAUCUAGAGGAGCUAACUUUGUCACGCAAAUGUUGCUGAGACCUGGAGCUUCAGACCUGACUGGGUCUUUUAGGUUAUACAAGAAAGAUGUCCUACAAAAACUGAUAGACAGCUGCGUGUCAAAAGGCUAUGUAUUCCAAAUGGAAAUGAUUAUAAGAGCAAGACAACUAGACUACACAAUCGGAGAAGUGCCAAUCACAUUCGUGGACCGCGUCUAUGGCGAGUCCAAGCUAGGAGGCUCGGAGAUCAUACAGUUUGCCAAAGCAUUACUGUACUUAUUUGCUACCACAUAAGAGUGAUAUUUCCUACAUUCCAUUACUACAUAUAUAACUCCUAUUAAGUAUCUUGUAAAAGAAAAAUGAAAAAAAGGCCUCUUCAAAUAGGUUUGCUAGUCCGAAAUUUGCGGCAAGUGACUUCAUAGUAGUUAAAAGAUAUGAAUUAAAUACUACCACGCAUGCGCGAGACGUCAAACUGCUAACUUCGGAGUAGCAAAGUUAUCUGAAGGCUUCUGUGUAAAAAAAACAAAAAUGAUUUUAGUUAAAAGGUUCUUUUUGAAGUUGACUGUAAUAUGUAAAAAGGCUAUAUUGAAUGUUUCAGAACACUUACAGUUCAAGAUACCUACUUAUAUAAUUUAUUGUCAUAGAAUCAAGCUACUAUUUGACUGGAUACUGUCUGUUCAAUGUUAAUAAUAAGAACAUGUAAUGCUUUUUUGUAAAUACAUAUAAUUUUUUUACAGUA